AUGGAGGGCGGCGGCGAUGGCGGAUGGAAGCUAAGGACGAAAUUGAAUAGCUUAAAACGCCGGCUCACAUUGCUUGCCUGCUGUGGAUCCUCUCGGAAUCUGCGAGUUUCGGAAAUGGAGGAAAAAGCUCAAUUGCAGGCCCGAUCUCGAUUCUACAUCGACGAUAGCGAAGAAGAAGAAGAGCACGCGAUGGCGAUGCCGCGGCGUAGUUUGAACCUGGCGACGGCGCUGGCGGCGGAGCGUGACUUGCGGAGCGUAGGCCCCACUGCACAACAGAUGAAGACGCUCGUGAGAUUAUUCGAAGAAACGGACGGCCGCGAUGAGAACAGCGCCGCCAUCGGCGGCGAAAGCUUGUGCUGCGUGUGCAUGGAGAGGAAUAGAGGCGCGGCUUUGAUACCGUGUGGGCAUACCUACUGUAGGGUGUGUUCCAGAGAGCUAUGGUUGAAUAAAAGGUCAUGCCCGUUAUGCAACCUGUCAAUUCGAGAGACCCUUCAUAUUUUCUGA